ACCUGUUUCGAUGGAUAUAUCAGGUUCGAAUAAUUUUAUCUCUAAUCCGUCUCAUUUGACGUACAUGAGCAUAGAGAAAAGUCUAAUAAAAAUGAGGGUGUCUUCUGAAACCCUUAAUAGAUCCAACUGGCUCGCCUCCCCCUAGCGCCUUCUCCACCCGAACUCAGCCCGUGUCGGAUUUUCUUGACUCACUCGAGAGCCUCCCGAGUUCGAACAUCAAAGGCAUGGAUCCUUCUCGAGCUUUUGUCAAGAAUGUUAAGCGCCUCAUUAUCAAGGUUGGGACUGCUGUUGUUACCCGAAGUGAUGGAAGAUUAGCUCUUGGGAGGCUAGGAUCUCUGUGUGAGCAGGUUGAGGAAUUGAAUUCACAAGGAUUUGAAGUUAUUUUGGUGACUUCUGGCGCUGUUGGUCUUGGUCGUCAAAAGCUCAGAUAUCGAAGAUUAAUUAAUAGCAGUCUUGCUGAUCUCCAGAAGCCUCAAGUUGAUCUGGAUGGGAAGGCAUGUGCAGCAGUUGGACAAAACAGUCUCAUGGCUUUAUAUGAUUCAAUGUUUAGUCAGCUUGAUGUAACAUCAGCACAGCUUCUAGUGACAGAUAGUGAUUUUAGGGAUAAAGAUUUUAGAAAGCAACUCAAUGAAACAGUGAUCUCAUUGUUAUCGCUGAAGGUUAUUCCAAUAUUGAAUGAGAAUGAUGCAAUUAGUACAAGGAAGGCUCCUUAUGAGGAUUCUUCUGGUAUAUUCUGGGACAAUGACAGUUUAGCUGCUCUAUUGGCUUUGGAGCUUAAAGCUGAUCUUCUUGUUCUCUUGAGUGACGUAGAGGGCCUUUACAGUGGGCCCCCAAGGGACCCACAAUCAAAACUAAUUCACACCUACAUCAACGAAGUACAUCAGAGUGAAAUUACAUUUGGUGACAAAUCUAGGGUGGGAAGAGGAGGUAUGACCGCAAAAGUAAAAGCAGCUGUCAAUGCAGCUAAUGCUGGCAUCCCAGUUGUCAUCACCAGUGGGUAUUCUCCUGAAAACAUAAUUAAAGUCCUUCAAGGAGAGCAUAUUGGCACACUCUUUCAUCAAGAUGCACAUUUUUGGGCCCCAAGAAAAGAGGUUGGUGCACGUGACAUGGCAGUUGCAGCGAGGGAAGGUUCCAGGCGACUUCAGGCCCUGUCUUCACAGGAGAGGAAAAAAAUUUUGUUGGAUGUAGCUGAUGCCCUUGAAGAAAAUGAAAAACUCAUCACUUUUGAAAAUGAAGCUGAUGUUGCUGCUGCACAACAGACAGGGCUGGAGAAAUCCUUAGUAUCACGGUUGGCUUUGAAGCCUGGGAAGAUUCGGAGCCUUGCAAACUCAAUUCGUGUGCUUGCAAAUAUGGAAGAUCCAAUAGGUCGUGCUUUGAAAAAGACUGAGCUUGCUGAUGGGCUUCUCUUGGAGAAAAAAACGUCUCCCUUGGGGGUUCUCUUGAUUGUUUUUGAAUCUCGACCUGAUGCACUAGUACAGAUUGCUUCAUUAGCCAUCCGGAGUGGGAAUGGGCUUCUUCUUAAAGGUGGAAAAGAAGCCAAGCGGUCAAAUGCCAUAUUGCACAAGGUUAUCACUGCAGCCAUCCCAGACAGUGUUGGUGGAAGACUUAUUGGACUUGUUACUACACGAGAGGAGAUCCCUGAUCUGCUUAAGCUUGAUGACGUGAUAGAUCUUGUUAUCCCAAGAGGCAGCAAUAAACUCGUUUCCCAAAUAAAAAGUUCAACUAAAAUUCCUGUUCUUGGUCAUGCUGAUGGAAUCUGCCAUGUAUAUGUUGACAAAUCUGCCAAUAUGGAUGUGGCCAAGCACAUUGUUUUGGAUGCAAAAGUUGAUUAUCCAGCAGCCUGUAAUGCAAUGGAAACACUUCUUUUACACAAGGAUUUGGUGCAUACUGGUGGGCUUAUUGAACUCACUACUCAGCUUUGCACUGAAGGUGUUACUUUAUAUGGAGGACCCAGGGCAAGCAAGGAGCUGAAUGUUCCACAGGCAGACACAUUUCAUCAUGAGUACAAUGCGAUGGCAUGCACUGUUGAAAUUGUUGAUGACGUAUAUGCAGCGGUUGAUCAUAUUCAUCAACAUGGAAGCGCGCACACUGAUUGUAUUAUAGCAGAAGAUCGUGAGGUCGCAGAAGUUUUUCUAUGUCAGGUUGAUAGUGCUGCCGUUUUCCACAAUGCUAGCACGAGAUUCUGUGAUGGAGCUCGAUUUGGACUAGGUGCAGAGGUUGGAAUAAGUACUAGUAGGAUCCAUGCUCGCGGUCCCGUAGGAGUUGAGGGAUUGUUAACAACUCGAUGGAUUCUUAGAGGUAGCGGACAAGUGGUGGAUGGCGAUAAGGGGGUGAUUUACACCCACAAAGAUGUUCCUCUUGACCCCUAGCUUUAUUAUACAAUUAAUUAGAGGCUCGGCACUCUGAUUAGAGGUUGAUGAUGACGUAGACGAGUUUCAGUAGUAUUUUUUUUUUCUAUCCGGCGACAAUUGCUUCACCAUGCAUUUUUCAAGUUUUAGAUUAGGCAAAUAAGCAAUCAUUCACUUCAAAAUAUGAUGUCAUAAUCACUGUUAGAAACAAUCAGGAAUGACAGUGCAUAGAAUACUAGAUUUAAAGAAUUUAUUAAAACGAAAUAAAUACAGUAAAGAACAAAAUAAAUAUAGUAGAGAUACAAUCAAAAUAUUGACUUGAAUUGAGAUUGAGAAUAGUGUAAUGUUAUGUCCUAUAAUAGAAAUUCGCCCCUACUUUUGUGUUUGUGGUUCAA